AUGCCAACAUCAACUGCGCCUUCGCGUGCGUCGAGGCCGCCGACUCGUGCGAUCUCGCCUGGCGAUAGAGCAGAUUUAAGUGGCUUCAUGAACGAGACAGGGACCGAGAUCCUCAUUGCAGCAUACUUAGGCUUCCAGACGACCGGCGAACUCCGCAAGUUCAUUCUGUCGAGCCACUUCUUGCAGUACUUCCGGCUAUACGAUGAGGGAGGUGUCAAUAGUGUCCACCAAAAGGCAACCCUGGCCAGUAUUCACGGAAUGCAGAAGUCUGGAAAAGCGAGCGUCGACCUGCAGGAUCAGCGAAGAGCCGUGGACAAGCUAUGCUUGGCGAGACCUCAUUGCGCCCCGAUACCUGGGAUCUACAAGGUCUCCGAGAUCGUGAUUCCCGGAUUCUCGCCAGCAGGCGCAGACGAGAGUGACCUCGAACCAUACAACCGUGGCCUUGUCUUACUCAAGGCCGCUCAGUAUAUACUGAGUCCAUCGGCUGUACUAAGACGCUUCGCCAAGGCGGCCUGGGAAAUCGGCGAGCCUGCGCAGGAGUUCGUACCACUGUGGAUGCGGUCAGAUCGCCAGCGCGCUGUCGCUGCUCCCGAAGAGGCCCCGUCGACUACUCGCAUUCACGUUCCAAGAUCGUCUCAGAGAUCUUUACCACGAACAAGCAAACCUUCGAGGAAUAGUCAGUCAGCGCGUUCAGAUAGCGCGAUGUACAUGAUGUCAGACGACGAAGACGACGAGGAAGCCUUGCCGGUGAAGGAGGAAAUAGAGGUACCUCAGGUCGUCGAGCAGGAAGAAGUCCAGAAAGAGCCAGAUGCCAUGGACGUAGACACCAACAACCAGAUCCCCACCGCAGUCGCGACCCAGGCACGCCCAGAGACCGAAAAACAUGUGGUAGACCUCGUGUCUGAUGACGAAGACAACGCCCAACCACAGGCUCCCAAAGCUAAGUCAAUGAAACGAGAGCGACCGUCCGAAAUGGAGGUAGAGGACGAGGAUGACCAAGAGGAAGAAGAGGACCUCGAGCUAGAGCUUCGCAAGAUCGAGAUCCAGCAGCGACUGCGACAGCUACGCAAGAAGCGCAAGGCGGCCUAG